AUCACCGAACCUGCGCGGGGGGUUGGGGGGGAUGUGCCCUGGCCCCUGGGUGUUUCUGGGCGGUUGGAGUUCUGCAUGGCCCGGAGCCCUCCGGCACUCUUGCUCCUGUUUCUGAUCCUCCUGGUGUCGAAGACCCCUGCCCAGGUCUACCCCGACUAUCAUUACUUCGGGCAGCAGGGCGAAGGUGACACCUGGGAGCUGCUGCGGCUGCAACAUCAAAAGGGUAAUGGCAGGCGGCGGGGCUGCCCGUGGCUACACUAACUGCAAACACACCUUGCUCCACGCAUUCCCAAUCUCGGUCCCUGGGACGCGUGACUGCUUCGAGGCCCAGUUUUCUGCUCUGUAAAUGUCAGCAAACUCUCUGUGUGAGCAACAGCCGGCGGCAGGGGACGUGCCUCCCCAGGCAGAGCCCUUGAGGUCCCAGGGCGGAGUUUGCAAAGCGACCCUACCCACCCUGUACAGCGAACUACCUCCUCGGCGGAACCCUCCUGAACUACAAUUCCCACAAGGCCACAGGGCAACGUUCACAGUUCCUGUUUCGCAAGGCCUGCGGGGACGUCGGGGCGUGUCCUGUGUAUCAAUUGGUGUUGGCGGCGUCAGCAUGGACCUCAGCGAGCUAGAGAAGGACAAUACUGGCCGCUGUCGCCUCAGCUCACCUGUGCCUGCCGUGUGUCGCGAAGAGCCCUGUGUUCUGGGCGUGGACGAAGCUGGCCGGGGACCCGUGCUGGGCCCAAUGGUCUACGCCAUCUGUUAUUGUCCCCAGUCCCGCCUGACAGAUCUGGAGGCCCUGAAAGUAGCAGACUCAAAGACCCUGUCGGAGAACGAGCGGGACAGGCUGUUUUUGAAAAUGGAGGAGGACCGGGACUUUGUGGGCUGGGCCCUGGACGUGCUGUCUCCAAACCUCAUCUCCACCAGCAUGCUUGGGCGGGUCAAAUACAAUCUGAACUCCCUCUCCCACGACACAGCCUCAGGGCUGAUCCAGUAUGCAUUGGACCAGGGUGUGAAUGUCACCCAGGUAUUUGUGGACACCGUGGGGCUGGCAGAGACAUACCAGGAGCGGCUGCAGAAGCGAUUCCCUGACAUUACAGUGACUGUCAAAGCCAAAGCGGAUGCCCUGUAUCCUGUGGUCAGCGCUGCCAGCAUCUGUGCCAAGGUGGCUCGAGACCAGGCUGUGAAGAGCUGGCAGUUCGUGGAGAAAGUGCAGGACCUGGAUGCUGACUAUGGCUCUGGCUACCCCAACGACCCCAAGACGAAAGCCUGGCUGAGGAAGCACGUAGAGCCCGUGUUUGGCUUCCCACAGCUUGUCCGGUUCAGCUGGCGUACAGCCCAGGCCAUCCUGGAGAAGGAGGCGGAAGGUGUUACAUGGGAGGACUCAGCAGCCGAGGAGCAGGAGGGAUCCAGGAAGAUCACAUCCUACUUCCAAAGCGAAGGCCCCCAGGCACGCCCCCCACACCGGUACUUCCAGGAACGUGGCCUGGAGUCAGCCACUGCCCUCUAGGAGCCAGCCAGCUGCCCUGUGCUGGCCUCCCUGCCUCCAGGAUUAAAGUUGU